UCCAAACACAAACACCACUUCUCAGCGGAUAAUGCGACAUGAAUCGGCCUGGCAAAAACAACGGUAUAUACGCGGCCGAAACGAUCCUGAAGCGAAGAGUUCGAGAGGGGAAAGUAGAGUACUUUAUCAAAUGGAAAGGAUAUUCACAAAAGUACAACACUUGGGAACCAGAGGAGAAUGUGUUGGAUCCACGAUUACUGAGGGCUUUUCGACAACGGCUAACAGCGAGAAAGGGAAAGUUUAAAGGCAAGAAAAAGAAAAUGCUUGUUACCGAGGAAAACCCGGAAAAGCCAGACACUUCCUCUGCGGUUGUUCAACAGGUCACCAGCGUCAACGAUCACGAAAGUGACAGCGAAAUUGAUGAAUGUUCUCGCGAAGUUGAUCCACCGCCCGCGAAGCGACGACGGCGUCGGAGAAAACGAAACUUACCAAAGGUUGACGAAGGUAGCGGCGAAGCUGUUCCGUCUCUUGAGGUUGAAACCACAGUCCCUCUCGUUGUAACCGAAGUAGAUGAAAAAACUGUCAAGGUUGAAAUUACAGAAUCCGAAGAGAGAUCACCUGACAAGGAGAGUGAAAACAAAAUUGCUGAGUCUGAUUCAAACAUCGAAAAAGCCAACUUGAAAGAAGCUGCACCGCCCACCUCCGAUGUGUGUGAAUUAGAGACCAGUCCUUGUAACGCUGGUUGCAGCAGCAGCUUAAAGACAGACAAACUCGAAACUCCAUUGCCUGAAAAAGCUUCGGUGAUCGAGAGAGAGAUUCAAUCCAAACCGAGCACCGCCGAAAUCCCCACGGUAUCCUCCAGCCCCCCGUCUUCAUCACGACACGAAGUUCCACCCCCGGCAGCCCCCACGGAAAUGAAAAACACCCCGGUGAUACCGCGAUACUCGCGAUUUGAAUUUUUAGCCAACAGCAUGAUAAUUACGGAUGUUACAACUGAGAGAGGAACAGUAACUGUGAAGGAAUGUUCAGCUUAUGAGGGGUUUUAUGGCCCCGAACCGGACCGAUCCGGCUAAAACGAACCCGGGGAAUCGAAUAAAAGGGAACAAAAAAACAAAAAAAAAAUAAUAAUAAAUUAAGAAAUGAUUUAGUGCGGUUGAGUCAUGGCAACUGGAACCGUCGAAUAGGACCAUCGAAGGAUCGAGUUACCCAAAGAGGGAGAGAACUGAUUUCGCCGUGUACCAAAUUAGAGGUAAAGACAGGGUUCUCGCAGCAUGAUCGGUGUAAAACUGAUCAAAAGUGUGUGUGUGGUUUUUUUUUGUUUUUGUUUUUGUUUUUGUUUUUUUUUUUAUCAAAUUCAUUACGUAUCGUCUAUUGAGAGUGCGAGUUGCCAAGAGUCCACUGCACAAGGAAGGAUUCCAUGAUUAAAUGUAGUUAACUAUUCCUUUAUUUAUUCGUUGUGCAGUAAAGCCGUAUUUACAUUGGAAUAUGAAGUUGUUGAUAAUUAAAUACGCAUCGGAAAGAGAUUCUUGUACCGUAGGUAGAAACUUUAAAAAAAAGCAGACGUUUUAAUGCGAUUAAGCAAUAAAUUAUGAUAAGAGAAAAAGGAGUUUGUCCCAAGGAUAUUACCUGGAGAUUCCUGACUUGUAAAUUAUGCAUAUUAUUAAACAACACGAAGAGAGCAGAAAUUCUGCUGA